CAGGCGGUUAGCGUCGCGUCACCCUGGCUGAUUCCCCUUUACGACAACCAGCCCGUACCCAUACGCUCUCCCGAUAAGCGCAACGUCGACAUCCGUCACCCAGUCCCCGAUCUGCAAUCGCUGCAAGGGGCCUACCUGGGCAACAUUGAGCGUCUCGAGGAACAUGCCGAGCGCAUGAGCGAGGCCGGCUCCGACCUCCAGGAGGAGAUACGCAAGACGUACUCGGAACUCAAGCUGACAGACAACCACCGCAACCUCCCUGACCGACCGCCCACCUCGGCCUCAACCGACACCACCCAUCAAGCACACACAUUAUGGCAAGACUUUGAUGGUGUCCACUGCCCAGAUACUGUCAAGGAAGAGUCAGAAUCAUCGCCCCGCAGUCGCCGUCGUCAUAGCCGGCCAUCUUCCUACAGCCACUCAUUUAUGGAUACCAAUCUAGGUCAUCAGUCCUUUGGCGCUCCACCACCUGAAGAUGGCAUGGUCUUCUAUCCUGCCCCUGUUCCACAAAUGCUCAACCUUCCAAAACGUCUGUCACAACUACCCCCCAGUGAUACAAGAACCCGGCGCCGGACACAACUUCUUGAAUCGAUGCAGGCGGAAAACAGGAAAUCGAUGCCCAUGAAUCCAGAUAAUAUCGUGGAGACCUCCAAGCCAAACAAAAGAAAGACGAGACAGAGUUUAAUGGGCCUACCACCUCAAUUGCGGGCAAGUGCUUACUUCGACAAUCAAGCGGCUCCUUCGCAGGAAUUUGCUGUCAAAGGUGAUUCUGCUCAAAACACACUCGAAAGCAUAUUGGAUGCAUCUGCACGUGCACCAGUCUCUGCAUUUACCGACCAUCCUUUUGGCGGCGAUGUAACCCGUGAGGUUUAUGGUGUAGAUCACAAACGCAAGAGCUCCAAACUGCCAGAAGUGCCGCCAACACUACAACAAACCAGGAGGCGAAGCUCCUUCAAUAUACUCGACACCAAUCACAAUGCAAAUGGAGAACGCCUCAAGAAACUGAAGAAACGCAAUAGUUCAGCUGAUAUGAACCUACUUCUGGUCAAGGCAAGUGAAAACAGGAUGAGCCUAAGUGACGAUUUGGACCAUUGUGAUGAAGAAGAGCGAGGCCCUCAUACUGCAAAUGAUUUGGACCAUUCUCAAAAUUCCCAGGAGAACCCGAAUCGUCACUCUGAUGACAAUGACCGUGAACAUGAGGAUACUUCGAGUGAUGAAGAUAAGGAGGAAGAGGACGAAGAAUCAGAAGAGGAAGAGGAAGAACUCCAGUUUGGUGCACCAACCACCUUGCUAGCUGAACUUCAGCUGCGACAAGCAAAGCAAAAGUUAAGAAACAUGAACUACGUCACCCUGAUGGAUCAAGGUCUGAUUGACGGUCGCCAAACUUUGCUUCAAAUGAACGAUGUAGCCGAAGCUGAGAAGCAGCGGAGGAUCCGCAAAAAGGUCAAUCUUGCCUGGGAAGCCCCUGGAGAAGAUGAUGAUUCCGAGGACGAUGUACCGCUUGGUGUUUUGUAUAAACAAACUGCGCCCAACUAUGCCCCACGCAAGAUUGUGGGACUGAUUGAGCAACGCGAAAUGGAGGACAACGAACCCUUGAGUCGUCGGCGAAAUAGGCUUCGUGGGGCUGACCCGAGACCUCGCCAGGCUCCUCAGCUCGGACAACCUGGCCAUGAACCGAAUCUUGCGGUUCCAGACGUCAUGGCUGAUCCCAUCUCAGAGGAAGAGGAGGGUGAGACGCUGGCUGAGCGUAUGCGUCGGCUAAAGGAGAAGCAACAGCUUGAUGCGGCCUUAGGCGAUGACGUUCGCAAGAGCACUGUGAGCGGUGAUUUUGCGGCUGAGAUGAUGAGCAAACUUGGUGUUUCAGAAGGCCAAGAUGAAGCCCAGGAUGCACACAAAGCCGCGGCUGCCCCAGGUGCUGGGGAGGAAGAGGAAGAGACUCUUGGUCAGCGCCGCGCCCGCCUCCAAGCUGAGGCGGCGGCCCGUGGUGACCAGAUGCCACCCGCCGGCCAGCGUCCUAUGUUACGUGGUGCCUCUUCUCUCGCAGACAUUCUCUCUGCCAAUCCACUUGAUCCUCACUACCAAGCGCGCAAGGUGUCAAACGAAGCAUUGAUUUCGAAUCUCCCCCAGGGUAGCCUUCUGCACCAAAACAUUGUCGACGAGGAGCGAAGAAAGCAGCAACGUUUAACGGCAUAUCGGCGGACCUCUGGCUAUGGACCCAUGGAUCCUCUGGUCCCAGGCAUCGGCGACAAGGAAAAGGAUGAUGACGAUGACAACAUUCCUUUGGGCAAGAAGAUCCAGGCCUACAAGGAUGCCCAUAACCCAAUCACGAAUGGGCAGAUGGCUGCUAGUAUCUCCAAACUCAACGCUGCGCGACCUCCGUCACCACCACCACCUCAACCGCAGCCGCAGCCUCAGCUACCAGGUAUGCUGGGCAUGAACAGCAUGGGCAUGAUGUCUGCGCCCAGCUUGAACAUGCCUAUGCAACAGCCCAUGAUGGGUGGAGGCAUGGGCAUGGGGAUGAACAUGGGCAUGCCAAUGGGAAUGGGCAUGAACAUGGGUAUGAUGGGUGGCGGCAUGCGUCAAAGCACCAUGAUGGGUGGUGGUGCCGGAAUGCCCAUGCAGAUGAAUCCCAUGCAAAUGAACGGAAUGGGCGGUAUGCAAAUGCCCAUGCAGAUGCAGAUGCCCAUGGGUGGUGGUAUGCCAAUGGGAGGUAUGGGUGGUGGAAUGCCUAUGGGAAUGCCCAUGGGCAUGAUGCCAGGACAGAUGAUGGGACCGCCCAUGGAUCCGAGACAGAGAGAUCAGAUUGAUCGGUGGAUGUCGGGCAUUAGGAAUUGA